CUGUACUGCACACACAGUGUUUUGUGUAUGUGAGUGUGUUAUAAGUAGCUGUAGUUACUUUUGUGCAAGAGUAAAGUUCAUUUCAUUUUGUCACAAAGACAUGAGGAUGGCUCUAGCAAAAAGCAGAGUUUUUGUCGUUGGGGUAGGAAUGACCAAGUUUGAAAAACCAGGUGUGAGAGACAUUGAUUAUCCAGACAUGGUCAAAGAAGCAGGACAAAGAGCUUUGGCUGAUGCAGGAAUAAAAUACUCAGCCAUCCAGCAGGCAUGUGUAGGCUAUGUAUAUGGUGAUUCGACAUGUGGUCAAAGAGCGAUUUAUCACAGUCUUGGUCUGUCAGGAAUCCCAAUUGUCAAUGUGAACAAUAACUGUUCAACCGGCUCCACAGCUCUGUUCAUGGCCCGUCAGCUCAUUCAGGGAGGCCUUGCUGAUUGUGUUCUUGCCCUGGGCUUUGAGAAGAUGGAAAGAGGUUCAUUGUCGUCAAAGUACAUGGACAGAACCAACCCUAUGGACAAACACAUGGAGGUGAUGAUUAACCGUUAUGGACUGGCGGCAGCUCCAGCGGCACCUCAGAUGUUCGGCAAUGCUGGAAGAGAACACAUGGAGAAGUAUGGCACAAAACCAGAACAUUUUGCUAAAAUUGCUUGGAAGAACCACAAACAUUCCGUCAAUAAUCCAUACUCACAGUUUCGGGAUGAAUAUUCCCUGGACCAGGUCAUGAACUCCAGGAAGGUGUUUGAGUACCUAACACUCUUACAGUGUUGCCCAACAUCAGACGGGGCAGGAGCUGCAGUUUUGGCCAGUGAAGAGUUCGUGAGGAAGAAUGCACUGGAGGACAAGGCAGUGGAGAUCAUAGCUCAGGAGAUGGUCACGGAUCUCAGCACCACUUUUGAAGAAAACAGCUGUGUGAAAAUGGUUGGUUAUGACAUGACCCAUCAUGCUGCUAAGAAGUGCUUUGACACAGCUGGGCUGAAGCCGUCUGAUGUUGAUGUCAUAGAGCUGCAUGACUGCUUCUCUGCCAAUGAGCUCAUCACCUAUGAAGCUCUAGGACUGUGUCCCGAGGGUAAAGCUGGUGAGCUGAUUGAUCGGGGUGAUAAUACAUAUGGUGGUAAAUGGGUGAUAAACCCCAGUGGAGGACUCAUUUCGAAAGGACACCCACUUGGAGCCACAGGUCUGGCUCAGUGUGCAGAGCUGUGCUGGCAGCUGAGAGGGGAGGCGGAGCUUCGUCAGGUCCCCGGGGCAAAGGUCGCCCUUCAACACAACAUUGGACUCGGUGGAGCAGUGGUGGUCACACUAUACAGGAUGGGGUUCCCUCAGGAAACAAGUUCUCGCAUUGCUGCCGUCCCCACCAGUGCGUCCAGCGAACUCGCAGACUUCAAAGCUCACACCGUCUUCAAUGAGAUUGAGAAGAAACUAAAAGAGGAAGGCGAGGACUUAGUAAAAAAAAUUGGAGGUGUUUUUGCCUUCAAAGUAAAGGAUGGUCCAGGUGGAAAAGAGGCAUUGUGGGUAGUGGAUGUGAAAAAUGGCAAAGGCUCGGUGACCAAUGAUGCAGGUAAAAACGCAGAUUGCACCAUUGCUAUGGGUGACUCAGAUCUUUUGGCAAUGAUGACAGGGCGGAUGAAUCCACAAACAGCAUUUUUCCAAGGAAAACUGAAAAUAACUGGGAAUAUGGGAAUGGCCAUGAAACUUCAGAACUUACAGCUGACACCAGGCAAAGCCAAACUGUGACAACACUGCAAAUGUUUACUGGGUCAUUGCACAAAGCAUUCGCAUAACCCACUUGAUUGAAUGGACUUGAUAAAGGCUACAUCAGUGAUGUUAACAAUAUAACUCAAGGAAGUCCAAGCAAACCAUAUCAAAUGUACUCUUAACUAAUAAUGUAAGAGUUCAUUUGGAUAGAUACUUAUAAAUUUGCUGAAAUAACUAUAUUGAUGUGAAUCAAUUAAUCUGUGUUGAGGCAGCCUCAAAACCUAAACCACAUAAAGUAUUAACAAUAAAGUACAAGUAAAUCACAGUAACUAAUUGGUUACUGUACAAAUAAAUCGUGGAGCUUUAUAAUGUGCCACUAACUAACCAGUGUUGCAUUUAUCAUUCAAAUUUAUACCAUUUAAAAACUAAUAUGACCUUUUUUAAAAUAAUGAUCCAAGCAGAGAUUCAAACAGUGCUUGAUAUGUGAUGGUGAAUUUAAGCACAUGUUUAAAAUCCUGCUUUAAAUAAAUACACACAUAGUAAAUAAGCUAGCUGAGUUUGUUUAGUGAUCUUUACUUUCGUAACUUUGGGGGUUGGGAAUAUUGUCACUUUUAACAAACUGUAUAAUUGUUUAUUAAUCAAGUUUUUUAAAAGAAUUUCCACAAUGAUUUCUAAUAAAUACAUCUUAUUAAAAAUA